UCUGCACUGAGUCAUAGGUCUGCGGAUCGGUCAGGUCUCGGAAGAUGCGAAGGGGGCAGUGGACCUUGAGGUGGCGCUUGGUGGCGGCUCCCAACGGGGAGGGGCAGGGGGAAGCGGCCUGACUUGCGCUGCUGGACGAGGCCGACUGCCCUUGUGUGGCGUCAGCUGGCGCAGCAAUGUCACCAGCAGGGUUGUCUCCUGUGUCCUGAGGCCCCGCAGCUUGAGGUGGCCGACGUGGCGCAGGUUCUUGAGCGAUGAGAGGGCAGCGGUGGUGAGGGGCACCACACAGCUCUGGUUGACCCUGUUGAAAUCAGUGCAGCACAGCAGUGGGAAGAUGUCCAGCUGGGUGAGGGAUGGGGACGAGCCGAUGAUGAACGCCAAACUGCCAUCGAGCACGGCGCAGAUGGAUGCCCACUUGCCCGGCAAGUUGCGCUCGGUGUCCUCUAUCUCGUCGUCGGAAAAGACCUUGCCCGUGAGCCGUUCGAGUGCCGGACAGACGAGCUUCUGCUGCCGGAAGAGAUGCAGUCCGUCGGGGCUGUCCACCUUGACCGACGUGACCGACGGAAACACCGCAUCGGGCCCCUUGACAUGCGCCAGUGACAGGCCACCCUUUCGAUCCUUGGAUUUUGGUUGAGCCGUCUGAAUGUCCUUGAGCGUGUCAGUGUGGUUGACCAGCUGCAGCGAGAUGAAGGCGAAUAGCCGCGCCCGGCCGAUCUCCUCGACCUCCUCCUCUCCGGGCAGCAGGAUGAUGGCGUGCUGCUGCUGCUCGAACGUCACCAGGCUGCCGUCUGGUCCCCUGCAGCUGAGGCCGUGGUUGGGACGGUGCCAGUUGAUGACCCGGAUCAGCGAGUAGAUGGCCCAGUAGAAGGGGCGGCAGACACAGCUCAUCGCCAGGCGCUCCUUGACGGACUGAUACGAUGACACGUUGAGCCAGAUGAGCCCAUCCAGCAGGCUCGUGAGGCUCCUCGUUGCCAUCUUGGCUGGAUGAGUCAUCUUGGCUGGCGGGCCGUCCAUCGCUCGGCACCCACACGUGCCCAUCAGAGAUCAGCUAGUACGCCGCUACAGCUUCCUGCUCUCCUCAC